UUCUUAUAGGAGCAUAAGUUGGAUUCUCAUCGAGGUAAAUUUCCUUGACCUAAAUAAGAAAGAUAAGUAUAGACUAGGUCAGGAAACUUCACCACCAGGUAGUUUUUCAAAAUAUAUAAAGAUUGGCUCCUAUGUGUUCUAUCUGAGAGAGCCAGCUGAAACCUCAAGACUGAUCUGUCUGUACCCAAACUUUAUUUGGUGGAAGAAGACAGGAGAAAAAUGAGGAUAAUAACAUGUGAUCCUGUACAAAGAAGCAAAAUUUAUGAGUUUUUAGAAAUUUGAAAAAUACUGUCACUUCUGUAAUUAUUGAAAUCCUUCCAUUCUUAAGAGAUACAGCCCAAACUCUCAUUCUCCUGAAGACUUGCUUGACUUGCAUCCUGAAAUUCCAUUUCUUAUCCCAGCCCUCCUGGGAUCCCUGACUUCCUCUGUAAAAUAUUACAGAAGUAGAAAUAACAUUUUUAGGCCCUUAUGACAUGUAUGCUGCCUUAUAAUUUAGGCAAUUAGAUAAUGUCUUAUCUGUUUAACUAGAUUCUAAAAAGUUUCUGGGAAGCAGUAUCCUUUCCUUUACCAUCAGCUCUCUUGUACCCUUUUCCCCUCAUUCUCUCCUUUUCAGCUAUAUUUGAUCUACUGGUCUGCAUUUGGCAGUCAUUCAGUAAGUGUUUGCUGAAUGGAGCUAAGGUUGUAUGAAUGGAGAGAGCAUCAAAAUAAACUCUGGACACAACAAACGCAAGUAGGACAAUUUUCUUUAAAUAAACACAGAAUUAAUGCCACAUUCUUCCAGACUGUGGGGUUCAGAAUAAAAGGAUACAGAAGAGGCAAUGAAUUGUGAUCUCUUGUCAAUAUAGCUGACCUAAUGAAAAUUUAGAUUAAUUUACCCCUUCCCCUAUAUUUUCUCCACUUACUCAGAACUACACUCAACAUAGCUUAGUGCAAAAUCAUUAAAGAUUGGCAACUCAGUUUUCAUUCCCUGGAAUCUAUUCAGUUUUCUUUUAUAUCCUGCUCUCAUUAUCUAUUUUUAUCUUUCCAAUCCUAAUAAAUUUAUUCACACCAAGGUUUUCAACUAAGUAUAUUUCUAAGAGUGUCAAGAUUUGAAAAUCAACACUUCAGGAAGAAAGGAAUGCUUACCCCCAAAGGAUUUGUUUUUCAGGCAUUAGUGAAAAAAAUAUUUUGAGGUAAAGAGUCCUACAGAUGCUUCCUAAUGCUUCCUAUAAUAUGCCAUACAGAUAUGUCCUGGAAUAAAACUGGAUUUGCAUUAAUAUACUUCUUUCUCCCACGGUACAUGUGAAAAUUUCCUUUGCUCUGAUCUAAAAUACUAUGCAAGUCUUGGAGAUUGCCUUCAGCUGCCCCUCGUCCAUUUCACAGGUGUACUGCUGCAGGUAGAAUAUGUUAGGCAUCUAAUACAGUGUAGUCCUAGGCUCUGGGGCUCUGAAGGUGCUUGGAACACCAUCUUCAACGGGUUGUGGCUACAGGUCUGAGCUACACAAAACCAGCCUCUUUUCACCCAAUUAUUCCUAACCACUGAGAGGAAAUGAAGGUUUACUUAUACUUCCUGGCAGAGGACUCUGAGGGGAAUGGGGAGUGGGUAGACAGGAAGUGUGAGGUGAGUUAUGUAUCUUUAAGUUUUUCUUAAGGAGUAGAGUAUUUAUUUUAAUAUCAGGGGUUUAAAUGUCUGCAUAUCUAAGAAUACUCUAGGCAGAGGUCAUUCCCACUUUGAACUCUCCUAUUGGGAGCUACCUAAGGGUCAAUCUUAGGUAAGGAGUGUCCACUUUGGUACCUGAACACAACAAUUGAGGGGCUUAGAGAAAGGAUCACGAUGAAGAUUGUAGUGGUCCACUAUGAAAGGGGCCAGAGGGCACAUAGUUUCUACAAAAGACUCCAUAAACAAAUAAACCACGCAUUGUCACAUACUCAAAGCUAAGUGCAACCACAGGAUUGGAAGACAAUGCACUGUCACCCUAUAAAUAGAAACAAAAGUUUAUUUGCUUAAUGUGAAGCUUUGCAGCCUGUAUUUACAGCCCAUAAAAUAGUUCUUCAUAAUUAAUCAGAGAUAAAGAGGGAGAGAGAGAGAGACAGAGAGAGAAAAGAGAGAGAGAGAGAAGAGAGAGAGAGAGAACAAGCACAGGCAAGCUUGCUAGCUCAAGCUACUGCCUGGAAAACGGAAAUGUUCAGUGUGCACAGAGGCUUGCACAUUUCACGCUGACAUCUCACUACCAUGUUUUCCAACAUGGUAGUGGUUAGGAUGUUGGUUUUUCUCAGAACAAGGAGCUGGAAUUGAGGUACAGAUCAAUAGCAUCCUUGUUGAAGUGGCUGUCACUUGAAUUCUUUGGAAAUCAUUGGAGAAAACAGAAAGAAACUGAAACGUGCUGCCUUUGUUUCCCAAUUUUUAGCUUUCAACACAUAACUGAAAAACUCUCAGAAAGCUGAUCUAUCCAAGCUAAUCAUCUCUGAAGAAUUGCAGACUCAUUUAGUACUAAAGCAAAUCUUUCUUCUAUGUGAGCCAAAAAUAAGGAAAAACAGCCUGUCAAACACCUGUAAGGAGAUGGCUAUCAUCAUAUGGAAAUUUGAAGAGCUUCUAUGUGGCACAUUCAUGAUCCAAAUGGGAAUCAACUGUCAUGAUAUCCCAGAAGGCCUUAUAACAGAGUAAACAAGAGGGAGAAUUAUAACAGCUUGUCACCUGUGUUUGCACACUAGACUUCAGUGUAGUUACUAUAAAAGAAAAUCCAAGGAAAAUAUGCAGAUAGUUCUUUGAAAACCCCAAAAUUAUGUGCAGGGGCUCAGACCAAAGCAGGAGAAAGGAAGCUAUUUUACACUCACUCUGUACAACCCAUUGAUAAGUCUUUUAGAAAGAGUAGCAGUUGAUUGUGAAUUUAUGUUUUGAACCACCAUUUGGCAAAGGUAGUUGCUCUGGAAAGGAACAUGCCUGCAAAUGACACUUGUGCUGUGCCAAAUGGAGACAAUGGAGAUUUUCGAUAUUUUAUCUAUGCAGUGACAUACACUGUAAUUCUUGUGCCAGGUCUCAUAGGGAACAUAUUAGCCUUGUGGGUAUUUUAUGGCUAUAUGAAAGAAACCAAAAGGGCUGUGAUAUUCAUGAUAAACUUAGCCAUUGCUGACUUACUACAAGUUCUCUCCCUGCCACUGAGGAUCUUUUACUACUUGAAUCAUGACUGGCCAUUUGGGACUGGUCUUUGCAUGUUCUGUUUCUACCUGAAGUAUGUCAACAUGUAUGCAAGCAUCUACUUCUUGGUCUGCAUAAGUGUGCGACGAUUUUGGUUUCUCAUGUACCCCUUUCGCUUCCAUGACUGCAAACAGAAAUAUGACCUAUACGUCAGCAUCGCUGGAUGGUUGAUCAUCUGCCUUGCCUGUCUGCUCUUUCCUCUCUUCAGAACCAGUGAUGACACUUCAGGCAACAGAACCAAAUGUUUUGUGGGUCUUCCUACCAGGAAUGUCAAUCUGGUCCAAUCUAUUGCCAUGAUGACCAUUGGUGAGCUGAUUGGGUUUGUCACUCCUCUUCUGAUUAUCCUUUACUGUACCUGGAAGACAGUUUUAUCACUGCAUGAUAAAUAUCCUGUGGUCCAAGACCUUGGGGAGAAAAAGAAAGCCUUGAAGAUGAUUCUAACCUGUGCAGGAGUAUUCUUAAUUUGCUUUGCACCUUAUCACUUCAGUUUUCCUUUAGAUUUCCUGGUCAAGUCCAACAAAAUUCAAAGCUGCCUAGCCAGAAGGGUGAUUCUAAUAUUUCAUUCUGCUGCCCUCUGUCUUGCUAGUCUGAAUUCCUGUCUUGACCCAGUCAUAUACUACUUCACCACUAAUGAGUUCAGAAGACGACUUUCAAGACAAGAGAGCAUCCAACUCCAUGGAAAAUCCUUUGUGAAUAUAUGAAGUGAAUUAGCGCCAGCAAUUUUAUCUGUGAACCUAAGACACAGAGAGUAUUUGCUUGGGCUUAUCAUAAGCACUUAGUUUUGCUGCAAUGGACACUGAGUCUUGGUACUUAGAGGCAAUGUAGUUGUCUAUUUAUUAUAGUAAUCACAAUCUAUAUUCAAAUAUAAUAUUUUUAUUGUAUUUUAAGUAGGAUGAACAACAUGUUAUUCUGUGAAAACAAAGUGGUAUAAACAUGGAAUCAUUUUUAUCUCUCAUGUGUGAUUAUACAGUAAGGUUUGAAGACUUAAAUAACUAUUUCCUACAUUUAAGUGUCAUUAUUAAACAUCAUCUGACACACCUAUUCAUAAAAUGAAUAUUCAAACUCAAGCUUCUGGUAUGUUUAAAGUAAGAACAGGAAACAAAUACACAUACAGUAAUUUCUAUGACUGUAUAAGAUGCCAUAUUGAAUCUACCAGGUCAGAUACCUUGCCAAAAUACAUAUGAUGUGACCCAAAUUGCCUCUAUAGGGCCAGAACAGAUCCUAUAAGUGACAAUCACAGUUCUGGUUCUCUUAAACUAUUUCUAAAGAACACCUAUGGAAAUGUAUUGACCUGCCUAGAAGAGAGAGUUUCCACCAUGCUUCUAGACUAACAUUGAAUAUCUCUGACAGUUUUCUGGUCCAGUUUUACCCCAAUCAUACCAUUGUGAGUCGUGCACAGCCUACCUCCCAGCAGCUGGAGAAGGAGAUUCAUCUUUUGGGAAAAAGUGCAGAAGACUAAGAGUAGUAAUUAAAUCUGAGGUUUUAAAUAUUAUAGUACUUUGAAACAUGUUUUAACAAAAAUCUCUAACUUUAAAAAGUGAUUUACUUAAAAUCUGUGCACUAUAUAAUAAAGACACAUGCUACUACUCAUCUGGAAGGAAUGUGGGAAUCAACCAAGGGCUCCAUCAUAUUUUUAUAAAAAGGAGUUGUUUUAUGCACAUAAUUAUGAUACUAAUAUGAUUGGAGGAGAAACUGGUAAAAUCAAAAUUAUUUCUAAUAUCUGAGAGGAAUGGAAGAUUUUCUAAUGUUUUCUCUGGACAAGUAUUGAUUUUGCAUGUACUUUAUUAUUAAAAUAAUAACCUAGUAGAAAACACACUUUGUGCUGCUAAAUAGUGUAUUUAUAUCCUAAUUAUUCAUUGCAAGGUACAUAUUUUGAUGUGUUAAAUGAGUUAUGAAUGAGUGUUAAGUUGUGUUUCAGAGACUGUAACUAUCUCUGUCUGGUCUGUUUUCUUUAAAGUGAUUUAUUUUUGAAUAUAAUUUAGUGUUAUAAUGGUAUCAAAAGUAA